CGAAUGUUUAUAGAGCCAUAGACAUUUAUUGUAAACUACGCUUGAUUAUUAAUAACAACAAUUUUCAAUUUAUUCAAAUCUGUUUGUAAAUUUUAAUUCAAUUCGAUUGAAAUAUAGAGUUGAAAGAGUUUAAUAAAAUCUUUGCAACGUUGAAAGAAUUCACAAACAAUGGGAGAUCGAUACAACAUUCACAGCCAACUGGAGCAUUUGCAAAGCAAAUAUAUUGGAACUGGUCAUGCUGAUACAACAAAAUACGAAUGGUUAACCAAUCAACAUCGUGAUUCUUUGGCCAGUUAUUUGGGCCACAGUGAUCUGCUUAGCUACUAUGCGAUUGCUGAAAAUGAAACAAAAGCCCGUGUCCGAUUCAAUUUGAUGGAACGUAUGCUGCAGCCUUGCGGUCCACCACCAGAAAAACAAGAAGAAUAAACCGCCUCAUUAUUGCGUACAAAUGUAAACAAUAAAGACAAAUUCAAUAAAUUAACAAAAUCUUAAGAAAACAAACAAAA